AUGGACGGCUCACUAGAAUCACGGGUUCCGCACGAUGACAUCCAAAACAGAGGCAUGCAGCUCUUUGCUGUUCAGCUGUCCUUUAUGCUCGCGGCCGGCUUCUUCGUCUUGGCAAGAGCCUACGUCAAAGUAUGCAUCGUCAAGAGUUUAGCUGUUGAUGAUUGGCUUAUCUUCGGGGCCAUGCUUGGUUACACAGUUUACGGCGGCAUCGCCCUCCACGGUGUCACCAACGGUGCCACUGGAAAGCACAUUACGGAACUCACAGUCGACCAAGCCGCCGUCUCCCUUAGAGCCUGGUACAUCUGUGAAGUCUUAUACUCUCCAAUCACACUGGCGAUUCGAACCUCGAUUUGUCUCCUGCUCCUUCGACUCGCUCUCAACAAAGUCCACCGUUAUAUCAUAUACGCCAACCUCGUCGUCGUCUGGAUGAUCUCCAUUGCCUUCUUCUGCAUCAUGACCUUUCAGUGCAUGCCUCCAUCCUACUUUUGGAGACAACUGUACGGAGACCCUGGGUCGUGUAUCAACUUCAACAUCGUCCCGGACGCAACCAUUGCACACAGCAUCAUCUCGGCGAUAUCAGACUGGUGCAUGGGUCUGCUGCCGAUUGCCCUCUUAUGGAACGUCAACUUGAACCGGCGGACAAAGGCACUCGUUGCCGUUCUCCUGAGUAUGGGCAUGGUUGCUGGCGUUGCUCUUAUAGUACGCAUACCAUAUGUGAGACGUCUCGCCAUCUCGGCUGACUUCCUCUACGAAACAAUCGACGUCGCCAUCUGGAGUGUCCUGGAGCCCGCCCUCGGCAUCAUCGCGGCUUCGGUCACCAGUCUCCGACCUCUCUUCCAGAACUGGGGAUUCGGAUGGAGCAACAAGAGUAAGCAAUCUCGUCCGUCAGGCGCAGGCUGGGUCAACACGAGCGGCCACCCAGGAACAAAGGAAACGUCCGGCGCCAUCGCCAGAGGAGGCAAAUCCGAAAACUCAAACUCCACCGUACGAACAUUCAACGACAUUGAUCGGGCUUUAUCCGGCACCGGGUCCAGUAUUGAGCUGAACAAGACGGCCCGGGACGACGGGCGGGACGACUACGAGGACUACGACGCGUCGAGGCCGUCUUCCGACCUCGGUCAGAGGAGCCAUGUCCAGGAGACGCAGGCGCGCGACCGACCGGUCAUUAAUGUUCGUACAACUAUUGAUAUCAUGUCGCACUCGACACACUCAGUCGAUCGAGUUCUGCCGCCGGCGGAAUGCUCUGCUGGCGAUAGGGAAGAGGAGGCGACACAAGGAGAGGCGGGGGGUCACAGAGGCAAGGUGGCGCAGGCGAUUUGA